UCUGGAGUUCAUUCAUAAAGAUCCGCAGUCCCUUCCCCCGCCAGCACCAGGUCUUUUCACGCAUCCGGCGAGAUGCCAGCAGCCGCAAAGGGGGGCAACCCCCCGCUAUAGCUGGGGAGGGGGGUGUUCACUGUUUACCCACCCAGCCCCACACACGACCCACCUCUUCUUGAGGGGAAAAAAGGGAGAGAUGCUGGCCAAAGCGAUCCGAUGGCUGGGGUUCUUCGCCGCCCUGACAGCUGCCGGGGCCGGCUGGGAAGCAGAUCCCCUCUGCCCUGCCAGAGACAAACUCAACUGCCUUCUCCGUCGACGGCUGGGAUGUGGGCCCGAGGGGGCACCUAGCUGUGGCCCGUGUUUCCCCAAUUAUGAGGAAGAUGCAGGCGGCGACUGUGUGAAAGUCCCCAAACAUGAAAGCAAACCCAAAACCCAGAAGAGGCCCAAAGAUUUGCCUGGCCUCAUCCGCUCUCUCCUGGCCAAGCAUGAAAAAGGGCUGCGACUGCCAAGCCCAGAGACCACUCUGACUGGCAGCACUGGGCUGUUUGAACCUCCCAGCCAGCCUACCCCAUUCCCCACUUCUCUCCCUACAAACAUCUCCUAUUUCAUGAGCACCAUCCCAGUUUCUUCAGAAUCCUAUGAAGACACUCCUGCCUUGGCCACCACACCCCCAGGGAGGGUGAAAGUGGAUUUUAAGCAACGAUCCCGUCCCCCAGCUACAAGUUUGAACAAAGCUGUAUCCCUCACUCUUGUGGUGAUGUGCACAGUGACAGGGGUUUCUGGAUUGGUGGUGGCUGCCAUUUGUUGGUACAGGCUACAGACAGAAGUACGCUUAGCUCAGAAGAUGGCAUACACAGCCACACGUGGAAACCAGUACCGAUACCAUCAGCCCAGUGCUUACAUGGACUCUAGGCUAGCCCAGUCUUGCCAAGUUCACCACUAUCAACAUCAGAAGAAACUGCUCACCAGUGAGGACUCUUCUCUCCUUCUCCAGGAGAGAUCCUCCAAAACCACCAGUACAGCAGCUCUCCACAGAGUCAGAGACUGAAAAUGGAGAUUAUACCGUGUACGAGUGUCCUGGGCUAGCCCCGAGCGGUGAGAUGGAGAUCCACAACCCUCUCUUUGACACCACCACCCUGCACCAAUGCCCUCCCUGAGAACAUUUCUUCUCUCUUGCGCCACUCGGUGACCAUCUCCACCUUCACCUCAUGAAUUUAUACAUGGAAGACUCCAGUUUGCAAAAAGAAAACCCAGCCUUGUAUUCUGCUCCUUUGAGGAAAGAUAGAAUCCAUAUUAUGUAUUCCUCCAUCACCAUUUUAUCUAUCCUAUGGGAAUGGACUCAAAGGGAGGCAUCUCUAGUGGCGUGGUUUUGUUUUGUUUUUUUGUGUUUUUUUAAUGUAGAAAUGCCUCAAAUUAACAUCACCUGGUAAUUAUGUGCCUGCAUUCCUGGUGUUCCUAGAAACCCCUUUUCAAGCUGUUCUGAUCCUAUUAAUUCUCCACUGGAGAGCUUUCCUCCGACCCAAUCCAGCUAGGGAUGCGCCUGUGAGCGGGAGGACUUCUUCCUCGUGCAUAGCUGUUGUGGAUGUUUAUGCGCAUGUACAUGUGUAUUCUCUCUCCCCAUUCAGGGCUGGCCCAAAGUAUAUUGCUAUCCCAGGAAGAUGAGCAAAUCCACACCGCUACAUCCUCCCCCAUCCCACUCCCAUAAAUAAAAGGUACCCAGUACCCAGCAGAGGUCAAAUUAGUUUGGCACCAGCAUCAGAAAGCGGCCACAAGCAUGUGCAGUAGUAAUAAAUUAACUAAAAAUCACUUGGCUUCCCUUUCAUGAUGACACCCAAGACUCACUCUGCCCAAUGGUAGGUAGCUUUCUUCACAAUGGUCUCGCAGUUCUCUGGCUCCUGAUGGAUUGGUGUGAAGCAUCUUUGAAUCAAACAGGGCAAAGCUUGCUGAAGUUACUUUUUCAGACUACAGCUCCCCAAAUUU